CGGUCUCCUGUGCAAUAGGCCCAUAAGCACCAAUAGUCUCCCAAGAUCCAGCUUUAUCUUGCUCAGUGUUGAUAGGAUUGACCCUACGCAUGUUAGGGAUAGAAAUGCCCUCAUCAUAGUAGAAUCCUUAUAACCCCUAGAAAAGUUGUCCACUGCACUGGGCAAAGCAUACUUUUCUGAGGUUCAACCUGAGCCCCAAGCUCUUCAUGUGGGCGAGAACAACAUCUCAAUGUUGAACCGCCAGUUCCCUGGAUCAUGCUAGAAUUAACCAGUCGUCCAGGUAGUUUAGUACAUGGAUGACGUGGAGUGACAAUGGAGACAGAGUGACAUCCAUGCACUUUGUGAAGGUGCGAGGGCAAAAAGCUAGCGAUAUUUCUAUGUGGAAAUAUGCACCUUUUAUUUCUAUUGUCAGAAACCAGUCCUCAAACUGAAUCUGUGGAAAGAUAAGUUUGGGCGUCGGCAUCUUGAACCUGUAUGUCCGAAGAGUACAGUUCAGAUGACGCAGAUCUAAAAUUGGCCGAAUAAUCCUCUAUUUUUUGCGGACCAGGAAAUAACAGCUGUAAAAACUUCCCUCCCUCGAGGAACGGGGUACAUGCUCUAUGGCCCCUUUGUCCAAGAGGGAUCUUACUUCCUGCGCUAUCGUUGGGUUCUGGUCUGUGAUGACUACUGUGGUGAGCACACCUCUGAUCUGGGUGGGUCGAGCUCUAAGCUGGACCCGGUAACCCUUUUCUACGGUAGACAGAACCCAUGGAGGCACAUUUGGCAGUAGUUUCCACGCUGCCAGACGGUCUUUUAGUGACGUUAACUAUUCCACAUUCUGUUGGAGGGAAUGCGUCAGAUUUUUGUUGCCCUGUGACAGCUCGCUGACCAGAGAACACUGAAAACUUGGGACAGCCUUGGCUAGGGGAGGCCCUACAGUAGCAUUGGGGGCUAACUGCCCUAACAACCUCAUGUCCCCUGAUACGUCCCUCCACGGCCUCUCAGGACCACUCUUCUUUUCCUGCUUGGCCUUUAUGAUAAUUUUCAGAUCAGGCCUAGUAGCAGGCCGCGACUGUGGCUGCCCAGUUUCCCUGGCUGUCUGCGGGGGUUGGAGGGCUGCCAUACUCGCCUUCUGUGUCUCCCACUCAUGGAUUUCCGGGUGACCUCGACACAACGGGGAAGGAACUGGCUGAAUGCCGCCAUAUGUUGAGCUCACUCAGCAGGUCUGCUUGGUAGGCCUGCAACAAUGUCAUUGUCUGCAGUGACCCACAAGCAAGACUACUACUACAUAGGCCUUGCCCACCAAUGCCACGGUGGCCUUACACGGUGGCUUGCAUAGCAAAGCCGGCCCCUCUAAUUACCUGCCAUCGAUGGAGAGAGGUAGCUCGCAAGCACCUCCUCCACCUUCAGCAUAGCUAAAUAGCCAUGCCAUUCAUUCCCCACAAUGGCCGAAUAAUCCAACAUCGUGGGGUUAUAAAUACGGCUUAUGCAUGGUUUUCUCCCAGAAGCCUGAUAUUUUGUCAUGCACUUCUGGAAGAAAGGGGAGUUUUCUGCAGUGUGAGGGAUUUACUUUCACUGGGGAGAAAAAGGCUCAUCCAGCCUUAGUAAUCACUUCAAGCAGCUCUUUAUAUACUGGUCUCAGUUUUUAGCACAUCCUUCUGGCUCCUCGGAGUCAGAGAGGAAUUAAUACUAUUUUUUUUUUGUGUGUGUGUGUGUCCAGACCCCCUAUCAAGAGAUAGAGCAGCGCUCGUCUCCGGCUCCUCUUAUCGAUCCAUAAAAGAUCCUCCGGACCUGAAACGGCUAUCUGCUUCGGCAGCGGCCGGCCCAGAUCCGCGAGGCUCUAAAACCCAGCUUGCUUAUUUAUGGUAGGCCUAUAAAUAGGCAGGACUUUACACAAGCUUCAGAUGCCCGUUGCGUGCGAGAGGCGCUCCCAUAGUGUUAUGCUAAAGACAACGUUGAUGUUCCCUUUGAAAGGGAACUCCCUUCUUUAACGUCACACUGAAACCGUCUCAGCAGCAAUCCACGGAGGAGACGAAGAGGACCGCCUUUUGUAUUCAAUGCAUUAGUUCUCUUGCUGCCAGGCAGGACUCCUUGCAUGGCCAAUCACAUCAAAGGAAGACCAGCUUACGCAGUGACAAACUGCUCCAAGUGGAUAAUUAUUCAGGGCUGCAGCCCCUAAUGCCCCGGCCAGAUUACCCCCGGGUGUGGCACCAUGUUCAUGCAGCUGAAGCGCGCGCUCCGGGAAAGAAGCGCGAUUUCCCGGGGAUCCAUCCCGCCGUGGAGCGCGUGUGGAAGGGCAGUGUUUUGCAGGUUUCUAUGGCGUGUGUUGAUGUUUUUGACCAUCCUGUUUGUGGCGUUGCAGUUACUGAGUGCGUUUCAUCAGUUUUGGAACAACAAACAAACAUCGAGCUUUUUGACCAGCGACAGAAAUGCCAUGUGUCAACCCAAGAACCAUGUUUUCUUCCUGAAAACGCACAAGACGGCCAGCAGCACCAUCCUCAACAUCCUGUAUCGCUAUGGCGAUACCCACAACUUGACCUUCGCGCUGCCAGAGAACAUCUACCAGUUCUCCUACCCACACUUCUUCAUGUCGCACUUUGUCAAGGGCAUGAAGUCUCGCCGUGUGACAGAGUUCCACAUUAUGUGCAACCACAUGCGCUUCCAAGGGCUUGAGGUGAGAAAGGUCAUGCCCUUGGACACGUUUUAUUUCUCCAUCCUGCGCAAUCCGGUGUCCAUGAUGGAGUCUCUCUUCACGUACUACAAAUCACUCCCCGUGUUCAGCAACUUCAAGACCCUCGAGGACUUUCUGCUCGAUGAAGGCCGUUCUUACAGCGAUACUAUGCCUGGUAACAAUUACGCUCGUAAUAUCCUGACCUUCGACUUCGGCUUCAACAACUCGGCACCGUCCGGCGAAGCGGAACUGGACGAACGAGCUGAGGCUCUGAUUUCCGCCGUGGAGAGUGAAUUCCACCUCAUCCUGAUCUUGGAGUACUUCGAUGAGUCUAUGGUGUUGCUCAGACACGCCCUCUGCUGGACCCUGGACGACGUCGUGUCAUUCCGCCUGAACAGCCGAAGCGAGAAAACCCGCAAAUCGCUGAGCGUGGAAAUGACCGAGCAGGUGAAGAAGUGGAGCUCGUUGGAUUGGCGACUCUACCAACACUUUAACGCAAGCUUCUGGAGGCGGAUAGAUACAUCGCUAGGGCGCACUAAGCUCCAAGAGGAAGUGGAGCUUCUCAGAGCCAGAAGGGCAGUACUGGAGAAAACCUGCCUUUCAGAGGGCGGAGCCGUGGAUCCAGCUCACGUACUUGAUUCAUCAUUGAAGCCAUUCCAGUACGGCCAAGCGGUUAUCCAGGGAUAUAACAUUCGCCCGGGAUUGGACAACGACACACACCGUUUUUGUCACAGGCUCAUCAUGCCUGAACUGCAGUACACCAGGGCUUUGUACGUUAAACAGUUCCCUGAUAUCGCUGCUAAAAAGGAUGAAGGAAAAAAGCGCCCCACCCCUGGCAAACACAUCAUAAAUGCUAAGAGGAACAGCACCAGUGCGCCUGUCACUGAGAAUCUCAACUCAACUGUACAAGUUAAUAUGCCUAUAUUAGCCAAAGACAAUAUGGAUGUUAAAGAUAAUGCUAACUCAGCUGAAGCAAAGCAACACAAAACCUAAAGACAAAUGAACCUCAACCUGACAUUAAACAACGAAAUAUGCUAAAUGUGCCUUAGCCUAUGCUGUGGAGAAGAUCUCAAUUUGUUCAAAUCCAGCAGCCAGAAAAACAAUACAAAUGAAUGUCAAAUGGUAUUUACACAAAACCGAUCAACUGUUAGUUCUUUUACUUGUGCUUAUCUUUGCACUUUGCUAGAUCAUCUCAGGUCUUAAAAUCGUGAUUAAUUUGUUAGCUAGGGGGAAUAUUUGUAAAUAUUUCACUGUUUUUCUGAAAACUAAGCACUUCGGGCUAAGUUUCAACCAUUCUUCUUCUUCUUCUUCUUGUUAUUAUUGUUAUUAUUAUGUGAACUGGCCCUAAUUCUGUAAAGAUACUGACUGUAUGUCAUUAAUGUUUUUUCAAAUCCUAAAAGCUGGUAUACAAGUAUAAGAAAUAAGAUUAUUGUUACUGUGAGAUGGUAAAUACGGGUGUAUAUCCUCUGAAUGAGAUGAUUCAGACUAAAUGUCACAAUUUAAAUGCAGAUUUUUCUAACAAGAUUCAGUUUUCUCUGGAAAGAUAAAUGUAAGGUUUAUAAACAUAGCUGAUAUGAAAUUCAAGUUUGUAAACUGGACUAAAAAAAAUUGUGAAAUAGCCUUUGGGGGCGGGGCUGUGGUAAGUGUCACUUAUGUAGAAUUUAUUUACACAUUAAUAAUAAAUCAUUUGUACUCAA